UAAGACAACAGAUAUUGAUAUCCUUCUUUCAGCUGAUGGAGUGAGAAAAUCAAACGAAAUUUGUGAUCAAAGGGCUGGUUCUGGCUGAGCAAUCCAGUUUACUUCCCAUCUCCUGCCGGAGCAACAACUCUUUUCAGUUAAGUUAGGCUUUGUAGUUUGUUUUUUCAUUUUCUCCUUCUGAUACUUCUUAAAAUGAGGACUAGCUAGCCAGUUGCAUCCUUUAAAGGGAUUUCAUGGUUGUGGGGCAAUCUUUUUGUGCCCAGUUUGGAGCUUUUUGUGAAGAAUUGCCAACCCAUCCUGAAAUGUAUUGCUCUUUCUUGAGUCCCUUAUUUUUAAAAAUAAUUUUGGCAUAAAAUGUCAGAUCACGGCAGUUUUGCUGGGUGUCCCUCCUCCCAGGAGUCAAAUACCAUGUACCAUGUGAUUUUGUUGUGUUCAACUGUACUGCAGCGUAAUAUCUUAAAUUGCACAUAGUGGGUGAACAAGGGCAGGAUUUCAUUUCAACUUGUAUGUUUUGUAAAUUUGUUGUCAAAAGACAACACAGCAAAGUCAUAGGAAUUAUGUAACUUGUUAGUCUAAACAAAAAAAAAAGUGUCUCACUAGUUUUCAGGACUCCAGAUGAGUUCAUAGAGUUCUGGAAAAAUAUUCCUGGGAGUAGGAGGAAGGUUGCAUAUAUGGAUCAUCAGAUACUUACUCUGCUUUUUUUGUUCCAAUGGAUUGAUUUUUCCCAUUAAAUGUUGCCCAUUAGAACAGCUAGUUUUCUGAAGUGUGGCAGGAUGCUAAUGUUUGUCAGGAAGAAUUAAGUCUCCAAACCCUACUGCGCUGUCUCAAGCCACAGGGGUAGAAGAGCAUGCCUAAAGCAUUUGUGCCUUCCCCACAGGUCCAGGCAUACAUAAAGACUGGCUGUAGUCCUAUUGGUUCUAGAUUUAGUGUGCUCAGAGCUACCAUGGGGAUAUCUCUGCACAACACUUACUUAAGGCACUGCACUGCAGUGGCCUGCACUGCCCCUGGGGUAGGGAAGGGGAAGUUGGAGGGAGGGGGAGCCUGGAGACCCUGACUGCUUCUGCAGCUGGAACAAUUGGUGCAGUGGCAGUUGACUGGGAGCCACAAUUUAACCUCUCACAGGUCCUUGGGCUGUGAGUUGGACAGCCCUGACCCAGAUCAAAACAUCAAUAGGAAAAUCUUGCACAGUAACUUCACUUUUGUGACCAGGUCACGUAGAAGUUUCACAAUACCAUUCCAUCUCAGGAUUCUUAUGCUGUUGCAUGACGUCGCCUCAUCUGUCUCAACACCUUUCCUGCUGUUUCCCUUGAGUUCUUAAUUUUCCAUCUCCUGUUUUCACCUUUUCUUAGAUAAAUCUUGUUUGGCCAGCCAAAGCAAAACUAACCUUGAUACACUGCUGUGCCCAGAGACGCAAAAGGAUCAGCCAAAGAAACUAAGACUGAUCCUCCUCUCUCCCCCCCCCCCCCCCCCCCCAAGGGCAUUUGAUACAAUUUGAGAAGUCUUUCUGCAAAUUUUUUUACCUUUAAGAUGUUCCAUGCAGGUUCAUAGAAGUAGUAGGGAAGUUUGUGUUAAGUGUAGGUUUCCCUGGGCUUUCAUUAAAAGUUGUACAAAAAUCUUGUUGGUCUAAUAAAAGAAAUCAUCUCUACUACAAGUCCCGAGUACAUAUUUUAAUUGUUUUUUCCUAGCAUUGAUGUUUUGUGGCAGACAGACAAAAUCUAUUUAAAAAAAAAAAAAAAAAAAAAGUCCUCUCUGUUAGCUGGCUCCUGGAAUACAAACGAAACCAAGCCCCUUGGUUAUACCAAGGUGGUAUACCCAGCUACUAUUACUUUCUCAACUACUGUGACACAUCAAUGGAAAUGUGAAACUUAUGACAUCUAGAGUAGCUUCUCUGAUCCUCGCAACACUUCUUGAUGACUCCAGCACAGUCAGUUUCCCUCUAGUCAACACACUAGGGAAUUAAUCCACGUUUGUAAUGGCACAGACACAGAGCUAAUUUUCUGCCAUAGGAGUCAACAUAGCAGCCACCUGGGAGGGGGGAGAAGGGCAUCAUGUUCGUACUUGGUCCUCUCUGCAUAAGCAGCCAAAAAGGCUUUGUCUUAUAUACAGAAUCUUCCUUGAAGCUGGGCUUCCAUGCUCACUAAAACUAUUAUUCUUUCAUUGCAUCUACCUGAAUCCAAGACAACUUUGAAUUUAAGAUGACCCCUCCCAUGCCCCACUCCCCAAUAACUAGCUUUUUUAUAUAUGAAAAAAGGCUGCCAGGAGGAGGUGGAGUGGGGGCAUGCAGCUAUUGUGGCUCUGACUCUGGCCCUGACCCAGGCUUGGGGCUGGAGUCAGAGCAGCUUGUGCCCCCCUAUCCCCUGACCUUGUACUCAAAUCCAAGGUGAGGAGAUUUCCCCCUCUGUGCCAGGGGGAUGGGGACCCUUGUCUUGAAUUUGAGUAAAUACAGUAGUACUAUUCUGGCUCCUACUAAGAUAUAAUACCCAUUACAUAUUUUAAAGCUUUCUGUGACUUGUUAACAGUCUUUCACUAUUUUUCACUUACCUCAAAAGUGCUUUAGAAGAGACAGGAUUGAAUUGUACAACAAAACCUAUAAGUAAGGAACUGGUAGCAAGAUAAUCUUUUGGGCUCUGAUUUACUAUGAUUACUUUGUGUUUUGGUUUUCCCCACUGUGCAUGUGCGUGCGUAUGUGUGUGCACUGUUGUUGCCAGGGAAAAUCUUUGAACUGGAUUGCUCAGCUGGAAGGCCAGUGCCACUAAAUUUUUUUUUUUUUUGUUCUCCUAUCUCCAAUUGUUGGUGGGAGGAUAGAAUAUCUACUGUCUAGACUGGCACCUUGUACUGCCACUACUACCUUUCCCAUUCCUAAGAAUUAAAUGAAAGCAGAUAAGAAGGAUGCUACAGUUAUCCCCCACCUUAUGGCACUGCUCAGUAGGUCUCGAUAUACACAAGAAUACAUAUGUCAGAUCUUCUCACAUUGCUGCAAACUCCGACACUGGCAUAGCUGCGGCUUUAAAUCAUCGCCUCAGCCACUUCUAUGUGCCAAUGGGCCAGAUCAUCAGACAAUCUUAUUUAACCAUGGAGCAGUUCAGAAUAUUGCUCAUCUCUUAGUCUCCACCUCUUACAAAGUUCAAAUGCAAGCAUUGAAAUGCUUCUCAGUCCUAGCCUUUGAAAAUCCCCAAGUAUCAAUGACUCUUGUAAAUGUGUUGGUUGAUGGAGAAUUGUUACCACAGAUUUUUGUGAAGAUGUUACAAAGGGACAAGCCUAUUGAAAUGCAGCUCACAUCAGCCAAAUGCCUUACUUACAUGUGCAGAGCUGGAGCAAUCCGGACAGAUGACAACUGCAUUGUGUUAAAGACACUGCCAUGUUUGGUCCGAAUGUGCAGCAAGGAGAGAUUGCUGGAGGAACGAGUAGAAGGAGCAGAAACACUUGCCUACUUGAUUGAAACAGAUGUUGAGCUCCAGAGAAUCGCCAGCAUUACUGACCACCUUAUUGCAAUGCUUGCUGACUACUUUAAGUACCCUAGCUCAGUCAGUGCAAUCACCGAUAUCAAAAGGCUUGACCAUGACUUAAAGCAUGCUCAUGAACUGCGCCAGGCUGCAUUCAAGCUCUAUGCUUCCCUUGGAGCGAAUGAUGAAGACAUUCGGAAGAAGAUCAUUGAGACAGAAAAUAUGAUGGACCGAAUUGUGAAUGGCUUGUCUGAGUCUAGCAUCAAGGUGCGAUUAGCUGCAGUCAGAUGUUUGCACAGUCUGUCACGGUCAGUGCAGCAGCUCCGAACAAGCUUCCAGGAUCAUGCUGUAUGGAAACCCUUAAUGAAGGUCUUACAGAAUGCUCCAGAUGAAAUCCUGGUAGUAGCAUCUUCCACACUAUGCAAUCUCCUCCUAGAAUUCUCCCCAAGCAAAGAGCCUAUAUUAGAAUCGGGAGCUGUAGAACUUUUAUGUAGUUUAACCCAGAGUGAAAACCUUGCCUUGCGCGUGAAUGGCAUUUGGGCUUUAAUGAAUAUGGCAUUUCAGGCAGAACAGAAGAUCAAGUCAGACAUCUUACGAGGUUUGAGUACAGAACAGCUGUUUCAGUUACUCUCCGAUUCAGAUGUAAACGUGCUAAUGAAAACUUUGGGACUGCUCAGAAAUCUUCUGUCUACUCGCCCACACAUAGACCAUAUAAUGAGCAGUCAUGGAAAGCAGAUCAUGCAGGCAGUUACCCUCAUUCUGGAAGGGGAGCACAAUAUAGAAGUCAAGGAACAGACAUUAUGUAUCCUUGCCAACAUAGCAGAUGGAACAACAGCAAAAGAACUCAUUAUGACCAACGAUGACAUCUUGCAGAAAAUAAAGUAUUAUAUGAGUCAUUCAAAUGCUAAACUUCAGCUUGCUGCCAUGUUUUGCAUAUCUAACCUCGUCUGGAAUGAAGAAGAAGGUUCACAGGAACGCCAAGAUAAACUACGAGAUAUGGGAAUAGUAGAUAUUCUACACAAAUUAAGUCAGUCAUCAGAUCCAAAUCUGUGUGACAAGGCGAAGACAGCACUCCAGCAGUAUCUUGCAUGAUCAAAGAUGAAGUGAAUCUUUGGACACCCCUCACAUCUAUUUAAGGAAUAACAGGAAAUAGCCUCACCUGAUUCCUUAUAUUUGCACAAGUCACCUUGGGCUGCAUUUUUCUCAGGUGCAGGGAGCUGCUUUGCAGAAACAAUUUAGAUGAUCAGGUCUCCAGUGCACUUGAGAACUUUCUUGAGGUAGUUCCUUUACUCAGAGGACUGUUGUGAGUUGGUUGUUUUUUUUGGUUUGGUUUGUUCAUUUUUUUUUCUGAGCUACCUGGACUCUCAAAUGGAACAAUCAAGCAUCAUUUUCCUUUGGGCCUACGAUUUUCUGCUUUUGCUGCAGCCUGCAUGUGUGGGUGUGUGGGUGGGUGUGUGUCUGUGUGUGAGUGUGAUACCUCAGAAUUUUGUUUUCAUUUCUUUGUGUGAAAAUCUUUUUCUACAGAUUUUCAAGGGUUAACCAUUGUUUGCUGUAUGAAUACUUUAACAAAUUAUAUACAGUUUGAAUGAAAUGUUAUUUAAAAAAGACAAACUGUUGUAUCCCAUAAAAUUUAUUUUGAAUUUUGAACAGAUGAAUGUUUUUAAGUAAAAUAUAUGCAUUUCUGAACCUCAGCUUAACUUACAUUAUACUUCCUUUUUUUUUAAAGAGGAGAGUAGAGGGAAACAAUAGCCCCAGGUAACAGGCAGCACGUUCUGUGCUAUGAGAAUUUGAGAGCUAGCAUCUUACUGCCAUAUCUGGUCAGCUGGUACUGAUGUCUCUUUCAGCUCUAUAGAAUGGAUCGGCAGGAUUGCUUUGCAUUUCCUUGCAUUUUUAGGAGACAAGGUUGGACUUGUUCACAUGUUGUAGGACUGUUAUAUUGACCUUCUGCCAAAAAGACACAGAUGGCUGCAGUAUCAACACUUGGAGGAAUUAGCCUACGGCUGUGAAAUCCAAGGUCUCUUUCAGAUCAUUUCUAAAGGAUUGGCUUGUCUUAAUGACAAGGAAUACCAGGUGAUUACCAUGAUCAAGACAGAGCAAAGAGGUAGCACAUUGCAAGAACUGGACAUUCAAGAGCCCAAAAGGAAUCUGGCAUGUUAUGUUUAAGAGACUUGUUUUAUCAUAACAUCGUGUACCUCCAGAUAGCUUCAGUGACUGAUGGCAUACUUCCUGGUAAGGUUAUCUGGAUGUAGUAGGUUGGGGAAUGGAAUCCUUAUUAAAACUCUUUCUCAGUGAUAUUGCUACAGUAAUGGCAGUAGAGAGAACCCUAGGAAUUCUGAUUCGUACACAGGGAUGAUACAUGCCAGGCUUUACUGCAUUUAAAGGAGCAGAUUAUCAAAAUCUGCUCUUCGUUCAAAUAGUGCACAUAAUUGUGAAGAAAAAUUAUACCUGCAAAUAUUUGCACCCACACAAUUAUGAGCACAAAAAAAUGGAAACCCUUUCAGGUCAGACUGUAAAUCAGAUCUCAACUCUUAGCUGGAUCAAGCUUUAGAAAUCAAAUGUAUGCAGAAAGAAGUGAGUACGGCAAGAAGCAGUCCCUAACAGCAACUAAGGGUUGUUGCUUUCUUCCUCAAAUAUGCCUUCCAUCUACUUUCUAGUUUUCAGUUUAGGAUACAAUUUCAGUGGAGGAAGAAAUCCCCAAGCACUGUCUGCCUGCCACUAACAGGUAAAACUGAAGACUGUAACUCUAUCUUCAAAAGGAACAUAAAUACACUCCAUCAGAAGUUUGAGCAUCGGGUAAACUCCUGCAAGAGGUCAGGUCUGUAACUUCACUAAUUGAAUGAUUCAGCCUUUUUAUUUUUAGUCAUUGAUGGUCAAAUUGUGAUUGCCUUACUCAUGUGAGUAGCCCCAUUAGUUUCGAGGGAGCUAGUUGUGUGAGAAAAGGUGACCAUGCUUUGUCCUAGCGUUUGAAUGUGUUAUGUACUGGAGAACUGUUACCAUUUGGAUGCAAAAGCAAAUGCAAUUUUAUAUAAGUUUAAUGUAAACUUUUUCCACUCUGAAAGUCAAAUAAAAGUGAGCACCUGACACUUUUUUUUUCCCCAAUUCAUGUAUGGAAAUCAGUGAUUAGCCAUUUCUUAAUAGCAUUUUUACAAGCUUGUUGGUAACAGACUUCCAGGUCUGUGCAGAGAGGAAAGUAUAAAUAUGUGAGAGAACCUGAUAAAUAUUUAGUACCUCUGAAACAGAGCCUUAUUUAAUAAACCAUAGCUUUGGGAGCACUCCAUAAGAAUUCUUCCUUGGCUAAGCAUUGUAAAUAUAGAACUACAAACUUGGGAUCAGUUUUAAGAGAAGCCCGAGCCUGGCCUCUGAAUUUGCACUCCUGAUAAUUUGUGCACAGACUUCUGGGUGCUCAUGUUCUUGCCCCCUCUCCUUUUCUAAAAGCAAUUUUGAAUUCAAGUGUACAAUCAUCUGGGUACAUAAAAACAGGUGCAAGUUUAGUUGUGCAUGUUUAACUUUUGUUUUGUUUUUUCCUCUUUUUUCUUUAAGUGGGGCCCUUGAAGGUACCAGAAAAAAAAUAAAAAUAAAAAUAAAUGCUCAGACAAUCUGGAUACUUCAUGGAAAAAGGCAGCGUUUUCCAAAUUUCAAGUUGAUAGGCCAAAUGGCCGUGGAAUAACAUUUUUACACUCAGUUAAGCUUUGUGAAUACUUUUGGAUGUUGCUAGAGGUAUGUACAAAUAGAAAAAAUAAAUACUGUAAAUAAAAAAAGUACUUUACCAGAA